CUGUUGCUUGCUGAGUUUCUGAUGAUGUCAGGCAGCUGACAGCGUCAGCAGGCACAAGAACCCGGCCAGGGUGAGAAAGAGACACCCGGAUUUCAUCACUCCGCCCCCGCGCCCCGAUCGAUUUUUUUUUUUUUAAUUGCCAACCCUUGCAAAUCUCCGAGCAAUUGUACAGAAGAAGGGCGUGCUGGGCGGGCACGCGCCACCGCCCUCCUGCGCCUCUAUAAAGCAAAGUGCAGAGUCACCGUGCCGAGCUUGGGCGCACCGGCGACACUUGUGGGCAGGCCGUGCAAGGAGCGCUUAUCGCCGCACCUCCUCAGCCUCUGCCCUCCGGUCCAAAGGCGCAGCGGUAGCGACCAGCCAGCAAGUGGUCGGGGUGGCAGCACUGGGGGCGGCUGGAGUCAGCCCCACGUAGCUAAGGGCUUAAGAGUGGGGGGUGCCCCCUUGGCCGCCGCCCCUCCACGCGCCCAGGCUCAGCGCCUCUCGCCAUGGGGCGCUACACGGGCAAGACCUGCCGCCUAAUCUUCAUGCUGGUGCUGACGGCGGGCUUCUUUGUGGCCGAGAUUGUGUCGGGCUACCUGGGCAACUCCAUCGCGCUGGUGUCGGACUCCUUCAACAUGCUGUCCGACGUGAUCGCGCUGUGCGUGGGCAUCUCCACCGGGCGCAUCUCCCGCCGGCGCAAAAGAAGCCCCGUCGCCUCCUUCGGCUACAGCCGCGCCGAGGUGGUGGGCGCCCUAAGCAACGCGGUCUUCCUGGCGGCGCUCUCCUUCACCAUCCUGGUGGAGGCUGUGCAGCGGCUAGCCCAGCCCGAGUCCAUCAGCGACCCCUUCCUCAUCCUGGUGGUGGGCGCGCUCGGCCUCGCCGUCAACAUCGUGGGGCUCCUCGUCUUCCAGAACUGGGCGGCUUGCUGUUCCUGUGGCCCCCGAGCAUCGACGCCGCCACCAACGCCACGGGGCCUCGACAAUGGUCACUUCGAGGAGGUCCUCGGCUCCUCAGUGCCUGAUGGGGGCGCGGCAGGGUGCACCGACGACUUCCAUGAGGCCCAGCGCGCAGACCGAGCAGGUGACUCCAUAAAUACCCAGAAACAGCCUGAAGAGCAGAUGGUACAGAAAAAAGAGAAAAAAUCUGAAGCCUUGAACAUCAGAGGUGUUCUUUUGCAUGUGAUGGGAGAUGCUCUUGGCUCAGUUAUUGUGGUAAUUGCUGCUGCAAUAUUCUAUGCGCUGCCUCUGGAUGAGAACACCCCAUGUAACUGGGAGUGUUACAUUGAUCCAAGCCUGACCAUCAUUAUGGUGUUCAUCAUACUGUCUUCUGCCUUCCCACUUAUCAAGGAGACAGCAACAAUCUUGCUGCAGAUGGUUCCCAAGAGUGUAAAUAUGCAAGUACUAACAAACAAACUCUCAGAAGUCCCAGGGGUAAGCAGCAUUCAUGAAGUGCACGUCUGGGAACUUGUCCAUGGGAAGAAUAUCGCAACCCUCCACGUCAAAUGCCUUAGCACUUCCGAUUACCUAGAUUCUUCCUACAAGAUGCGGGAAGUGUUCCAUGAAGCAGGGAUCCAUUCGGUGACCAUCCAGCCAGAGUACACUGACCACAAGAGUCCUGAGAUUCUGUGCAGUGCUCCCUGCAUCUCCAAAGGAUGUGACCCCCAGUUGUGUUGCAGCCAACAAGAAAUAUCCCUGGCUCAAGUGAACGGCUACAGUGAGAAAAACGGCAGCCUUUCUCCAGCCUCACAGAAAGCCUUCCAUAAAAAAGAUGCUGUGGAAAUUCCCAUUGAGCCUGUGUGGGCAGAAGAUAUUGUCAAAAAGGACAAUUAUGCAAAGGACAGUAGCAGAUACAAAAAUGCAGGUGAUAGUGGAAAGUACAUAGGCAGUACUCAGUUUUAGACAGUUCAGCUUGUGCUUUGUAGUUUUUUCUCUUAUCUAAGGCAGAGCCUUCCUGGGUAGAGCCAUCUUGGCUAAAAAGAAAGGCAAGCAGUGCUUGCCAUGAAGUGGUACCAAGUGCAUGCAUGGACAAUGAAUCUAAAAGAGGUGUUUUUGAUCUGCAUCCAAAGAUCCCGAUGUGCUUGUGGAAGGCACUUCCAUUGGCCCCGCCCCCCAUCUUAAGCACCCCAUGCUCCUUGAAAAGUAGCACUCUCUGCAGCUCUGCACUCAGUUUUCAGAGGACUGAGCGUGCAGAUGGGGAGAGGAGCUAUCAGCAACCUCCCAGAUGUUAACCAAAGUGCCUUCAGCCUUUGGAACUUUGUCUUCACGGAGAGUUCCUUGUACUCAUGUAAUGUGACCAGUGCAAAUUCAGCACAAAUUCCUCCAUCAAUGAACUGCAACCUUUUCUCAGUGAAACAUCUUGCUGUUCCCUUCUUCUCUCUGUAAUCAGUUUGUAGCCAGGGGUGUUGGGAUUUUCCUUUGGCCUUAUUUAUUGAAGUGGGCUGCCGAUAUAAGCCUUUUUAUGAUCUCGUGAUUGUGCUGACUUGCUGUAUCAUUAUGAAGGAAUGAAAGUAGGCAAAGGUUUCAGCAAUCCUUUAAAAACAUAUUCUGGCUGCUGGAAAGAUAGGAUGAAAUGAAAGGUAGGAUUGGGAGGACUUCUUCUGUCUUCUUCAGUGUUCCCAACUGGAACCUAAGGAAGCAAAAAUUUAUGAAAAAGCAAUGUGUGUUGUCACAUGGAUCACCUAACAUGGGGCAGCCCAUAUAGUUCCCCCCCUUAGCACUUUACUGGGGUGAGGUCAGCGAUCAAUCUGCCUCCUGGACCAAUCCGCAUAUACUUUUGCAGGGGCUAGCCUCAGAAACUGAGAACUAUGGUCCUAUAGCAGUGUAAAUGAAGAUACGCAUUGACUUUAUUCUUCCUGCUUACUAGUUUUACCAUAAAAUUAUUUUUUCCUACUACAGUAACUAAAGGGUGCUGUGUUUUCAGCAAGCAAUUGAAAUAACCUCUGUAGAUCUAAUUUAUCAUUUGUGGUAGGAAUGAAUGUAAUUUGUUUCGCUUACAGGAUCUCUGUUUGUACUUUAUGUUAAAUCUAUAAACAUAUAAGGCUCAAAUCCUGUGAGCACUUUCCUCGGAGUAAGCCUUAUUAAACAAAGCAAGGCUUACUUCUGAACAAACAUAAGUAUAAUCACAUUACACAAAUACUUAGCUGUUAUGUUAGGAGGAUUCUGUUUUGCCAUUCUUUGCAAUAUGGUGCUAUAUAAUGUUGCGUUUAUGUAAAUAUGACCCUCCUUUCACUUAUUUUUAAACAAUUUCUUCCUAAUUUCUUUCUGGAAUGCAUUUUUAAAGAGUGUAACUUUUUCUUCCUAGCCUGUUUUACAUUUCCAUUCUCAACACAUUUUUUUACAAGACCCAUUGAUUUCUCAUUUUUAGGAACGGUUCUUUAUUCUGUAACCACAUUUUGACUCCAUAGGAUGGCCUAACGAUGGUCCUUGUUUCAGAACACUAAAAUAGGCUAGCAUUUCCUGCAGUGUUCACAUCAUUACUUCUGAACGUGUUGAUACGGCAAUCCAAAGUUCAAAAAGUGCAUUGGCACUGACAAUCAGAUUAGUCUGUCUUAAUGAAAGCCAGUCUGUCUUGCUUUAGAGGAUAGUUGAGUGGAACAGUAUCAGAUUGGGCUAGGACCAGGGUUUUAGAUGUGCCUGUACCAUUCUGUGCUCUCUUAGAAUAACUAUACCAUUAUUCUAAACUGAGUUUGCAUAUGUCAGGAUUAGAGGUCUAUAUCUGAAACUGGUUGUCAUUAACCAGAAAACUGCCUUCCUGGUGAUGCUGUUCUCCAAAGCAUUGCUUCUUUUUCUCCCCCACUGUUUUCCUGAAAGCCAUAUUGAAACAAAUGAUUACAUCUUCUGCAUGUAUAUAUUUAUAUGUAAUUUAACUAAAUGUCUGCAUUUUUGUAGCAUACGUUGAGACUGUUCUUGUGUCAGUAUGUGUGCUGCUGUAAUAUUGUUUUGAAGUGUGUAUAUAUGUGUGUGUAUAUAUGAAAGCAAUCUGUUUAUAUUGCCUUAAUAUGUAUUUUCUCUAAGUACCACUAUCAUAUACUAAGAAUGUACUUUCCUAACUGUACUGCACAUAUUUCCAAAUGGAUGAUCAUCUUUUGUUAAGGGAGGUGAUCAGUAUUCUUUCACUUUACUAAGUAAAAAUAAUAAUUUUAAGAAAAUACAUCUUAUUGGAAAUAUAGAUCAUCUUUAUUCAGUAAAAUUGUAUUUAAAGCAUCUGCUUAUCCAACUCUUGCAAGUGUAUUUUGUAACCUGAAUAUGUAGUGAAGUUGUUCAUCAGCUUAUCUGCUUCGAAGAUCCCAUUUCUGUGAGUAAACACCAGGGAGGAUAGAAAUCUUCAGGAACAACAGUUUUAGUCUCGGCCAGAUAUUAUGACCAUAAUCUGACAGUUUUAUGCAUUCUGCUCUGUGUUAAAUAGUAGCAUCCAUGUGCAUAGGUUGACGGAUGUCUUAAAGUGAUCAAGUAUAACCUUGGAGCAGAGUAUCUUUUGAGUACUUCAUUAUAUGAUGGUCUUCAUUACAACCUGUGAAGUUAUGUUGUUGCCUCCUGUCCAUACAGUAUGAGAAUUCAGUGAUGUCCCAAAAGUCUAAUUCUGCCCAAGUCUCUGGGGACUUUGAACGGGAAAUUGUACUUUUUAUGAACCAUCAGUAUGAGAUUUCUUCAUAUGCCAUGUACAUUUUAUUUGCUGAAGGAAAAAAAGAAACCUGAAGCUGUAAAUAAAGAAUUAUUUAUUAAA